AUGGCCUUCUUCAUAGCAUAUUUCCUGACGAUGACCAGCUUCUCUCACCCAAGCUCAGGUCUACUCUCUGAGCGGGACCCCGAUCAACAUAACAUCGACGACCUCGAAAGCCAAGAUGAGCAGGCCGCCGUUCGAAAUGUCAAUGUUGGAAGCACCUUUUCCCUUAUGAGAGCAGUCGUCGAGCUCCGACUCCUGCAGACGACGACGUCUAUCCUUCGUUUCACAAGGACCAAUCCAGUAUCAAUCUCCGACCCAGACUCCUCUCUUCGUCGUGCCAUAGAUCGCAGAGAACAGCGCAUUUCUCGCAUUGUUGAAUCCAUGACGAAAGAUGACUUUGAAAAGAAUGUUAGCGAGAUUGCAUCGCAGAUUGAGAUGGAGGCGCCGGCGCGAACAUCGCCCCGGGUCGUGCCUCGGCGAGUCCUUUCCCCGUCUGACAUGAUAGAGGAGCUCACGAUUGCGGAGCAGGGCUCACAAAAGGAGGACGAAGGAUACCUGCGUGAGUCUUCAUCGGCAGAGUCAAUCGCUUCUACCGUAUCAACCGCUUCGACUGCGAGCACACCGAAGCUCAACACUCUGAUCAGUGAAGACCCACUCCCGGUGGUGGAUGAGAAUGUUCGAGCCAGGCUAGAGGACAUCCUGAGCGAGGAAACAAGGAGAGCACCCAGUUCUCUCUCUUCGUCAGCUCCACCAGACACCAAUUCGUCUUACUCGUCCCUGGGGAGAAGUUUAUCUGUGAGCAAUGUGAACUCGGUCACGUCGAUCCCGCGACUAUGCAAGAUUGUAUCGGCGGCUCAAUACACCAAAAUAAUCGCGGAGAGGCAACCGCAGUUCAGCAUUAUCAACCAUCCCUAUUCAAUUGAUUCUCUGGUCGCAGAGACCCCUCGACUUGAUCGGUCUGCGCUCGAGCUCAACGAGCACCCUAACGAACAGCAGCGGAAAUCUGCAGACAGUUUCCCAGGGGAGUUUCCGAUUAGCGAAGGGUUGGAAUAUAGUGCGCUGGCCACUGCAAAGCACCAUGCGCGCAUUCCUUCAAUAAGGACCUCUGUACGCCCAUUUUCUGACUUGUAA